AGGAGAGACUUGAGCUGCUCAAUGCUGCUGUUGAUUCUCUCUCUGCGUAACUUCUCCACCAGAGGCUUCCUGAUCUGCAGAGAGAGGAACAAAGUCAUGAAGACACUUAUUCUGGAGUCCAGAGUGAGCGUGAAGAAAGACGGCUUCUCGUGGACAACAGUGACAUCUUCUUGAAUCUUUCAUUCACCUUGUGGCACAGAGAUCCAUGGCUCCUACAAUCACUGCAGCGAGGACCAAUUCUCAGGAGCAUCUGACUCUGACCCACAAGAUCAGGAAGCCUCUGGUGGAGAAGUUACGCAGAGAGAGAAUCAACAGCAGCAUUGAGCAGCUCAAGUCUCUCCUGGAUCCAGAGUUCCUCAAACAGCAGCCAGACUCCAAGCUGGAGAAAGCAGACAUCCUGGAGAUGACCGUGUGUGUCCUGAGGCGACUGCAGCAGCAGAAUCAAGCUGUGGACUCUGCAGCUGUUGGUCAGGGCUACUCCAGAUGUGUCCAAGAGGUGAACCACUUCCUGUCCAGGGAGCAGGGGAAGACCCCGUCCAAGAGAAGACUGAUGCACCACUUCAACAAGCUGCAGUCUUCCUCCGAGAAGAACCGGAGAGAGGCGGACUUCUCUCCUCUGAGCUCCACAGUCCAGACCAGCAUCAGCAAAGAGAAGAGUGCAGUCAACAGCGCCCCCUGGAGGCCGUGGUAGAUCCUCGGCCUCACGUGGAGUGUUGGUGUCACCUUUUGUAAAGGUCUCGUUCUGUGUUUCUGUGAUAUUUGCAGCUUGUUUCUCACUUUGUUUGUCAAAGUAAAUCUUGUAUUCAUCCUUUACUCUGUGAAGUGAACCGUAUCGCUCCCCGAGGGAACGCCUUGAUGUUGUCAGGGACAACGCUGUGUGUGCUUCGACUCCCUUCAGGAGACACGUUGAUCAUGUUGAACAUGUUUCAGAUUUACAUGUGGCGUUCACAUAUCCUGUUUACUGAAAUGUCCUUUUCCGAUAUUUCUCUGGACGUCUCGAUCGUCUGCAUUAACGCAGACACAUUUAUCAUUCUUCAUGAAGACUAAUGUGCCGUAUUGUUAUAACUCUGUGAGCCGCAGCACUCGGACCUUCAGUGAAGGACUUGUUGUUUGGAAAAUGUGUCACCGUGAAUGUAUCUCUUCAAGACAAGUGACGCGCAAUAAAACAAUCACAAAAAACAAAACAAAAUAAAA